CAACACAAACCAUCAUCUAUGAUUAAUCCUCUUCACCAAUUCACUCACCUAAAACUCUUUCAAUUUUAUCCUCACCCAUCACCCCUUUUCACACACACCCCUAACCCACCCUCCACCACCACCACCACCACCACCAUGGCAAUAACCCACCGGAAACUCCUCCACCAACAAGAUCCCACCCAAAACUCAACAUGUUCCGAUUGCGGCCCAACAUGCCGCUACAAAUGCAGCUACCCCGAAUUCUACUGGCCGCCACAGCCGCAACCAAUACCGCCACACACCACCACCACCACGACCCAUAUAUCACCAUAUGUCAUAAUAAUAGUAACCUUACUAGCCAGUGCAUUCCUCUUCUUCAGCUACUACCUCAUCAUGGUAAGAUGCUCAACCCGUUUUCGACGUGCCCCAUCGACACCAAUCUCCAACCAAGACAACAACUUCUCCAACCAAGACCGCGGGUUAGAGCUUGAUCAUCCCAUCUGGUACAUCAACACCAUUGGCCUCCAACCAUCAGUGAUCAACUCGAUCACCGUCUUCAAGUACAAAAAACUCGAUAACUUAAUCGAUUGCACCGAUUGCUCUGUUUGCUUAAGUGAGUUUCAAGAUAAUGAGACUUUACGAUUGCUACCAAAAUGUAACCACGCUUUCCAUAUUCCUUGCAUUGAUACGUGGUUAAAUUCACACACAAAUUGCCCGCUUUGUCGUGCUGGCAUUUUGUCGAACACCUUGUCUGCAGCUUUGAGUUCGAACGAUCACAAUGAUUUUUCUACAACGGAUGGAUUAAUUGGUUCAAAUUUGCAUACCCAGGUGGGGAAUUUGGAGGAUGAUGGUGGAUCGAGUGGGAUUAUUUUUCCAAAUAUUGAGAAUUGUGAUGAAAAUGAUGAUUCGAAAACAGAGUAUGAGUCUGUUUUGGGGGCUAGAAGGUCGGUUUCAAUGGAUUCUGUUGCGAUUGGAGAUGUUAUUGUUGAGGUUUCCGGUGAUUAAACGGUGGAUAUUGUGAUUUCAGAUCGUGGAGAAAUUUGAAGAGUAGACUGUAGUUAUAUGGGUUUUGUUUGAAGUUUAGAGAUGUGAGUUCUUUUUUUUUUUUAAUCAAGAUCAUGCACUGAAAAUAUUGUGUGUGUUUGGCCGUAAUAUGAAUGUAUAUUUUAUUUUGGAGUUAAUUACUCUUUUCGUA